ACCUUUGCGCCCGAGGGUGUCGCGAGCCGAGGCGGCGAGGAUCGGGCGCCUCUGGCCCAGCCGGCCCGGCGGUAUGCGGCCCGGGCAGCAGCGCUAACCGCCCCUACGCUGGGCACUGGGCGUACGCGCUCCGGGCGGCAAGCGGAGCGGCAGCGGCGGAGGGGAUGCGCCCGGGACGCGCCAGGAUACAGCUGCGCGCUCCCAGCCCUGGGUGGACCCUAAGUUGGGCUCAUCGCAGGACCGCGCGGACCCCUGCCCUCCGGGGCACGCGGCUGCGGAGCCUCGGGGCCACGACUGCGGUCAGGAUGCACUGGGCACCUCCCUGCUGGUGAGGAUGCCCCACAGCGCGGCUCUGCAUCGCCAGCCCCGGUCCCUGGUGGGCACGACUGCCUGGGCCCGGCUUCAGCCCCUCGUGCCAGUGGAUGCAAAGCUCCGGAAUCCUUGAGUGCGACCGGCUACCGAAUCUGAAUUCUGAGAGCCAUGGACCGAGGCGGUGGGCUGGAGCCCCAGGCGGGAGAGCCACAGGAAGCGCGCGCCAGGGUAGGAGCUGUCCAAGAGAAGAGCGAACCCGAAUCCUUCAGGUCCCAGAGUUUACCCGCCCUGAACAGCGCCUCCUGCCCGCCAGAUCUGAGUCCCGCGAGUGAAGAAGGCUCUGAGCUCGCCCCCAGCCAUCAGGAGUUGAAGUCAGACCCCUACCCGCCGGCCCCCAGCCCCUCCGCGCCGUCUACUUCGGCAGAGACGGCAGGACUGGCGGAACGUCGCCACCGGGUGGAAAUCGCCAAAACCAUGUCGGUGUCCUCCACUCUGGCCAUGCUCCAGGGCAGAAGGUGCCUCUACGUGGUCCUCACCGAUUCCCGUUGCUUCCUGGUUUGCAUGUGCUUUCUAACCUUCAUCCAGGCGUUGAUGGUCUCCGGGUACCUGAGCAGCGUCAUCACCACCAUCGAAAGGCGCUACAGUCUGAAGAGCUCCGAGUCGGGGCUGCUGGUCAGUUGCUUUGACAUUGGGAGCCUGGUGGUGGUGGUGUUCGUCAGCUACUUCGGCGGCCGCGGACGGCGGCCCCUGUGGCUGGCCGUGGGGGGUCUCCUCAUCGCGGUGGGGGCUGCCCUCUUCGCCUUACCUCACUUCGUCUCGCCGCCCUACCAGAUCCAAGAGUUGAACGCCUCCGCCUCCAACUACGGCCUGUGUCAAAACGGCAACUCCUCGGUCAAGGUGGAGCCCCCCACCUGCCUGAAGGACUCGGGUGGCAACGACCACUGGGUCUACGUGGCUUUAUUCGUGUGCGCACAGAUUCUCAUUGGAAUGGGCUCCACACCUAUUUAUACCCUGGGACCAACCUACCUAGAUGACAAUGUCAAGAAAGAAAACGCAUCAUUGUACUUAGCCAUCAUGUAUGUCAUGGGAGCACUCGGUCCUGCAGUGGGAUAUUUACUAGGUGGACUUCUUAUUGGUUUUUAUGUUGACCCCAGAAAUCCUGUUCACCUUAACCAGGAUGAUCCUCGUUUCAUUGGAAACUGGUGGAGUGGAUUCCUCCUUUGUGCCAUUGCAAUGUUUCUUGUGAUAUUCCCAAUGUUUACUUUUCCAAAAAAGCUUCCGCCUCGACACAAGAAAAAGAGAAAGAAAAAAUAUUCCACGGAUGCUUCUGGUGAUGAUGACGUUAUGAAGGAGAAACCAGACAGUUGUGAACAAGUGGACAAAAAAGUUUCUUCUAUAGGAUUUGGGAAGGAUGUCAGAGACCUACCAAGAGCAGCUGUCAGGAUCUUAAGCAACAUGACAUUCCUUUUUGUGAGUUUGUCAUACACAGCUGAGAGUGCCAUUGUAACUGCUUUCAUUACCUUCAUCCCCAAGUUCAUCGAGUCACAGUUUGGUAUUCCAGCUUCCAAUGCCAGCAUCUACACUGGCGUCAUCAUUGUCCCCAGUGCCGGUGUUGGCAUUGUCCUGGGAGGCUACAUUAUAAAAAAAUUGAAGCUUGGUGCAAGAGAAUCUGCGAAACUAGCAAUGAUCUGCAGUGGUGUGUCUUUACUGUGCUUUUCAACCCUGUUUAUUGUUGGAUGUGAAAGUAUCAAUCUAGGGGGCAUAAACAUCCCCUACACGACAGGGCCCUCUCUGACCAUGCCGCAUAGGAAUCUGACAGGAAGCUGCAAUGUUAAUUGUGGCUGUAAAACACAUGAAUAUGAGCCAGUCUGUGGAUCGGAUGGAAUUACAUACUUUAACCCUUGUCUGGCUGGCUGUGUUAAUAGUGGGAAUGUGAGCACCGGGAUGCGGAACUACACAGAAUGCACCUGUGUCCAGAGCCGCCAGGUGAUCACGCCGCCCACAGUGGGACAGCGCAGCCAGCUCCGCGUGGUUAUCGUCAAGACGUACCUCAAUGAGAACGGCUACGCUGUGUCUGGGAAGUGUAAACGGUCCUGUAACACCCUCAUCCCAUUCUUAGUUUUUCUGUUCAUAGUGACCUUCAUCACAGCAUGCGCCCAACCGUCAGCCAUCAUAGUAACACUCAGGUCUGUAAAAGAUGAAGAGAGGCCUUUUGCCCUGGGAAUGCAGUUUGUUUUAUUGAGAACACUUGCAUACAUUCCGACUCCAAUUUACUUUGGAGCAGUUAUUGACACCACCUGCAUGCUCUGGCAACAGGAGUGUGGAGUGCAAGGCUCUUGCUGGGAGUACAAUGUCACGUCAUUUCGUUUCGUCUAUUUUGGUUUAGCAGCCGGCCUCAAAUUUGUCGGCUUUAUAUUUAUUUUUCUGGCCUGGUACUCCAUUAAAUACAAGGAGGAGGAACUGCAGAGGCAGAGGUGGAGAGAGUUCCCUCUGAGCACUGUGAGCGAGACUGUGGGUCGCCCCGACAGUGCCAAUAAGGCUGCCCGGACUAGAUCUUGUCCCGCUUUCAGCACCCAGGGAGAAUUCCACGAAGAGACUGCUCUGCAAAAAGGGAUCCAGUACACAGCACAGACCUAUCCGGGGCCAUUCCCAGAAGCAAUAAGUUCCUCCCCAGACCUGGGGCUGGAAGAAAGCCCUGCGGCCAUGUAGCCUCCCUCCUAAAGCUUGAAAAUGGAAGACUUUGGUUUUGUUGGUUGAGUUUAAUAUGGCGACUUGAGAAACACCCGUGCCUUCUUUUCUUUCUUUUUUUAACCUCUAAAGACACAAUCCUCAAACCAACAAAACUCACUAUACACAGCCACUGUUGAUUGAGGGCUGGAUACCUCAACAAGAAUGAGCCUUUCCUCCUUCUCUCCAAGGAGGAGUUUAGAUAGAUUUGUUACCGUUUCUGAGAUGUUAAUUUGACGCUCAUGCUCUGAUAUGGUAGAAGGCUGGGUGCGUGGUUAACAAAAUCUUGGGAAGUGUAAUGGCAGUGCAUAUCAUUAGCAUACUCUCCGAACAAGGGUGAGCUUGACCGUGACUUUGCAUUUACAAAUCAAGGUUUUUAGAUAUGAACAACUACUGUGAGUUCUGCUACAAAGCACAAAUGAAUUUGCCUCAACUAUGCAAUUUGAUUGGAAAAUAUAAGUACAGCAUGUUACUUUUGCUUUCAGAGACUAAAGCAGAUAGUUUUUUUUGAAAAGAAGAAGCUAAACUUUCCCUAAAGUACUGUUCAUAGCUUUUUAAGCCAUAGCAGAAUUAAAAAUCAGGUAGAACUUCUUAAAUGCUUCACCAGAACCAUAAGCAUGGCAUGAGAAAGGGAACAGCUACUUUGUUUCAUAAGACACAUUCUCUUUUAGUCUGUCUGUCCCACUAUAAAGGAAGCUGCUGAGUCUUGAACCUGAGAGCUUGGAAAUAAACUACAGGAGUCUUUCAUAAGGGACUUUAACACUUGUGUGCUAAACAAUAUGGCUAGAAACUGUCAUUUGAGAUGCAUAAUAAGAAAAGAAACUGAUGGCUUUCUCAUCCAAAGAAAAUUGCUGCAGAAAUUCUUUAACUUUUAAGGGCCCAUGUAAGGGUUGUUGAGAAUUGUAACCUUGACACUCAAAAAGAGUUGGGAAAAAGAAAUCCCACAGGAGUAAGAUUGAGUCUCACCUGAUCAUUUUAGUUAUAUACCUGGAAGCACUAGCAGGUCUGUAGUUUUCUUUUUUAUGUGCAGAAAAUUGCUGUGGUUGUUGUGAAAAUGGAGUCAUUUAAUCAGGAAAGCUGUACCUGUGGCAUGAAAUCCAUGUUGAACAAAGGAGGGAGAUCUGUGAGCCAGAUCUUGGUAAUGAUCCUAAGUAAGGUUGAAAAUUAUUUAAAGUAAACUAGCCUGUCAUACUGAAUCCUACCUUAUCAGAGUUAGAACCAUCUUAUACCUCCCUUUAGUUUCUUUCUAUUGUAACUUUCCUGAAGGGAUUUUGUGAGAGGAUUUUUCUGUUCCUAAAUGCACUUGGGGUUCAACAGCCACCAUCCUUUUCAGUACCUCUCAGCACAUCACUUUGAUUUAGAUCCACAUAGAAUGUUUUCUAUGUGGUUCUGAAGGUAGGUGCCUCCUGAUAGCACUAUAAACUGAUGCAAGUUAACCUGUGGAAUUUGGCUGCUCAGAAAAAGAAUUAUGACAACUCAGACUUAGGAGGGACUGUAAUGUACAAAUAUCAGUAUGAUGGAGAACUGUUUCUGCCAAUGAGCCUAGGCUUAUGUGAGGCUGAUUUGGGAAAUGAUUUUCUUGUCUUAUUGACACUCUUCAGUAGAAGGAAUGUGAUUGACCCAUGAUUCCUGGCUUUUUGCCCUCUAUCCAUGGGUGCAUGGGUGGAGUUGUGUGAAUAUUCCUGGUUCAAGAUUGUUUUCUUCUGUAACUUAGGAAUGGUGUUGGUCAAAUGGUUCUCUUGGUUGCAGGCAGUUUAUGGAAAGGUUCUCUAUAGGGUGGAGUUGGCAGUUAGACUAAAUAAUGUAUACAGGGUGGAGCUGGCGGUCCUGGGUGACAAGGACUUACUUAGGGCAGACUUGUUUGGCUAAGUCAUAAGAAGCACUAUUGCCUGUAAUUACACUGUGUCUGUCAAACUUUGGUCAACUUGGUGUAUUUUGAAGAUCUUCAGAGAAUAUUGCUUUAUGUCUUUGAGUCUACUCUGGGGCCUUUGUGAUCCCCUUCACCCUUUGUGGGAGAUCUUUGAUCCCUUAGAAGAGAAAGUUUCUUAUUGGGUUGGAGCAAAACAUAGGUAGAUUGGGAAGAGAUGUGGUUAUUUUCUAAAAUUUCCUCUGAUUGUUAAAAAACUGCAUUGAGAGAAUUUGGUAAGGUUGGCACUUCUUCUUCUUCUUCUUCUUCUUCUUUUUUUUGGUAGCUAAGAUUGUGUGUUUCAACACUCUUAGAAUUUCUCUCUUCCUGUUAUCACAUUUUGAAAAGGAGCGCUGCCCUUAGAAAUCUAUGAUCAGAAAUGAUGGUAUCAGAAAUCAGGUAUAAAUAGAGAUCCCUCCCUGUCUUUACCUUGAAGAUUCAUUCAGUUCAGCCAUCACUGAGUGUCAUUUCCUUAUCAGAAGCUUUUUCACCCAAUUACCAUCUGCCAAUCUAUGAAAUCCUUUGGGUUGAUUAGGUCAACCCAAAUUCAAAGAAAUUGGCCUGAACUGUGCACCACAAUGUUGAUGUUGUACUUCCUCAAAUAUCUGGUUCUUGUAAGUAGCAGGUAUAUCAUUACCGUGUUGCUGGUAAAAGUGAAAUAAGCAGUAAAAAUAUGGGAGACUGAUGUUUUGGAAUAUGUACCAAUUAAGAGUUGUCCCCAAAGCACUUUGGGUUCAGGUGGCAUCAUUUGGAAUAUUAAGUAGUUAACUAAAAUGACUAUUUGCUAAAUGACACCAUUUGAUUGUAUAUACAAGGUCCUCAUAUGCUUGAUAAUAAAUUGGUCAUGUUACUUUAGAGUCACCACUCCUAAUAUAAGUUUAAUUGACACUCUCUGUGAGCUUAGGCUUCUAAUUACUUGGGUUUUUUUUGGAAAGGUCACCUGGUUCUUUUAAAAAUUCUGUAGUUUAAAGUAUUAUUUGGCCUUAAUAUGCAAAUAUAAUAUCCUUGAGUCUAGCCGAUUAAUUUAGAAACCCCAGGCAGUAGAGUGGGCAGUUGGCACACAUCAUUUUGGUUGUCUUCUUUAGCUUGACAUCUUUAUCCUUUGUAGGUGGAUUUAAUUCUUGAAAACAGUCAAGAACUAGGGUGGGGAAAAGAAAGGAGCAGCAGAGAGGAAGCGAAUGAGCAGUCGUUGAGUGUUGGCUAUUGGCAGAGCGUUUUUAUCAAUCACAUAAUAUGUAGCAUGCAUUUUAAUCCUCUUAAUAACUUUGCAAGAUAGCUAUUUUUUAUUGUUCUUCUAAAACACAGGUCAUGAACACUGAGGCUCAUAGAGGUCAAGUGAUUUGUUUAGGAUUAUACAUAGUGGCCAAGUCAGGGUUUGGAUGCUCAUUUCUUGUUGUGCACUUCUUAUACUACGUAAUACUUACAGUAAUUUUGGUUAACAUAGGUAAGAUGUGACUAUGAGAUAGUGAGGUGAAGCAUUUCAUAUUUUGAUGUGUUACUAUUUCUGAAGAGUAGAGAAGUUAUAAUUUCCUUGUGUAAAAUAGACAAAAAUCUGUAGGAAACAUCAAAAUGGAAUGUUUUGAUUUUCAAGGUAAAUUUACAUUUGUUUAGCUAAGUCUUAUAUUCACAAUUGUUUGCCCUAACUUACCUCAAGUAUUUAUUUCUAGUUCCUAUUUAUUGUAGAACAAAACCAAUUUUAGUGUUAACAUUGCAUCUCAGUAGUGUCUGAAAUGAACCAUUAUGAGGAAAGGUGGUUCAGAGUUUUGAAUCUGAGUUUUGGGGAUUUCAAGUGUAUGUUCUUUUUUGUCCCCUCCUCUUUCAGAAUGUUAACAUUUCUAUUAGUUUUUUAAAAUGACUAGCUUUUAAGUUUCUUAAUACAAGUUUAACAUGAACUUGUUAAAGUGUUACUUGUUAAGUGAACAGAUACAAAAUGUUAUAUGUUAUAAACCAAACCACAACCCAGUUGUUACUGAUUGUUACCCUUAGUAGCUACAGGAACAAAUGGGCGCAUGCGCCUAGAAAUGUCAGCCAUCGAAGGAGGGGCUUACCUGGAGGAGGUAAUGGUAGUCCUGCCUUUUCACCAACCACCAAGACAAUUCUCGCUGGGCCUGCAUUUCUGUCUGGCAUUCUUUGGUGGACUUGGAGCCAAAAAGUUUCUUCUUGGAGCCUGUUUUGUAUCAAAUACAGGUGCACCGAAGAGAAGCUUCAUAGUUUGCUUGGACCUGAAGCGUUUGGAGAUUCUCUAGUUGUGCUUGAGCAGGAACCUAGGGUGGUAGCCAAAUAUAGUAUGCUUUUGUGUUCACUUAAAGCAUCCUAAAUGACACCGAAAUGUGAUCAGAGCUACUGAUAAAUAGGUGUGUCUGUGUGUGCUAAGUCACUUCAGUUGUGUCCGACUCUUUGUGACCCCCUGGACUGCAGCCCGCCAGGCUCCUCUGUCCAUGGGAUUUUCCAGGUGAGAAUACUGGAGUGGGUUGCCAUGCCCUCCUCCAGGGGCUCUUCCCAACCCAGGGAUCGAGCUUGCAUCUCUUAGGUCUCCUGCAUUGGCUUUUUUUUUUUUUUUUUUUUUUUACCACUAGCGCCACCUGGGCAGCCCCAGAAUACUGAGUAUUCUAAGUAGCAGGUAGAUAUCAAAAUACUGCAUAAUCCAGGACUGUUUAGGAUGCAGGCUCACUAUUCCUUUUAUACAGAUGGGUGGAGAUCCGUUACACACACAUAACUGCAUUUCCUCUUUCGUAGUUUGGAAGGGAGUGCCAUGGCUGGCAAGGCAACAUUUCUGGCCUCGUGCGCUUUAUCUUUUCUGUCUUCUCUGCUUUCCUUACCUUCUAGUAUGCUGCUGGCUGUGUCUGUCCCAGACUUCUUGCCACAUUGGAAUCAGAUCUGCGUAUGUUUGAAGAGGUUAUUUUAAGCACUUCAUUUUUACUCAGCCCUAGGAAGGGUCAUCGUGCUAAGUCGCUUCAGUCGUGACUGACUGUGCAACCUUAUGGACUGUAGCCUGCCAGGCUCCUCCAUUCAUGGGAUUCUCCAGGCAAGAAUACUGGGGUUGCCAUGCCCUCCUCCAGGGGUUGUUCCCAGCCCAGGGAUCGAACCCAUGUCUCUUAUGUCUCAUGCGUUGGCAGGCGAGUUCUUUACCACUCGCGCCAGCUGGGAAGCCAGCUAUGAUGUAAACCCUCCCUGGGUAUUUGCUUUUGAAACAUUAAAAAAUAAAUGCCUCGGUGCUAGAAGUAUUUGAUGAUGCAUGCUCACUACAAAAAUGCACCACUGACUUGACAGUAUUUCACUGAUAAGGGGCUGCAUGUGCUUUGCUUUUAGAAAUCUGGAGAGCUUCUCAGAAAAUAAGCAUUCAUUACUCUCAUUACCACAGUCAAUUCAUGAACUUAACACUGCAAAAAAGAAGAGUGUAAGGAGGAUUACUUUUUUAAUGGAAAACUCAGUGCUUUUGAUAUUUAUUUUAGCAAGGAUAAUCAGAUGCUAAAAAUAAUUUCAGAGAGAGGGGAAAAAUAUUUCAGAUAAUCUUUUCUUAUUUCUUCUCCCCCAAAACCUUACACACAUGUAAGGUGUUUUUAUAAUAUUGAGAUUUUGAAGGUGUUGUCUUUAUCUGGUAUUCUACUAUUACAUACUGAAAUUGAAGGAGAAGGUAUUAUUGAAAACUGAAGUAAUUGCAGGGACGUAUUAAACCAAAGGGGUGAACAAAACAAGUUUAAAGUUUGUAUGUUGAAAUGAAAGAGAAGGAUAAUGGUAAGAUUUUAUAGUGGGCAUUUUUCUUAAAAUACAUACCUCUACCCUAAAUAUUAAUUUGGAAGCAUGAGAUAGGCAGGUCAGCCACCGACCUUUAGUUAAAGGAAGAGUGACACUGCGUCCAAUAAACUGGCGUUAGGGCCCUAGUGGUGUACGUGUUCAGUGUGUGUGUUUUUGUGUAUAGGGGUGUGCUUGUGAUGAAAGGCUGUUUUGAGUUGUUGCAUAAAGGAAUUUGAUUUUGUGAUUUUUUAAAAUGAAUAUUUAUUUGGAGACCUCUUAAGGUAAUGUAAAAGGUGUAUAAUUUCCUGUGUUUAAUAAAAUCUAUUGUCAAUGUACUAAGAAACAUUGGUUUACAACAUCUUGAAUACUUGAUCAUUGCAAAUUCAGAAAAAAAAGUUUUAAAAAAAAAGAAUAAAAUGUG